AUGGACCUGAACAGUUCUAGUGGCAAUGCAAUGGGUAGGCACACGCGCACAGUGAUGAGGUUCAAGGACUCACUGGCACUAAAAAUAGCUGAACGGAAUAAGAGGCGAAUCAGGAUCUACAGUCGAUACACCCUUCUCCCAAUCACGACGCCACGCCUCGUUCUUCUGGCACCUCCACCGAACUACCCGAGUUGUCCCGUCCCUCGCAUCCCGCGUGCACGUCACAUCAUCCCUCAUCGCCUCAAAACACUCCAAUCCUGGCAAUUCCUCAAAGAUAUCCGCGACCGUGCACUUCUCCUUGCCCGUGAUGCAGAUCCCCCACACAAGCAGCAAGCGCAGGUUCUGGAAGUUCCUGCGUUUGGAUCUGUCCUCGUAGCGCAGGCGGAAGAAGAACCAUCCCAGAUCGACGCCGCGCUCGUACUUAGACGCUUCAUCCAUAAUCGCGGUGACGAACCAAGAGUGACUUUGCAACCAAGGUGUUCGUUUUGGCUGGUUUAUCGGUGCCUGUCCUCUUUGAUCAGACGUCUUAGGGUCGAGCGGGCGAUACGACGCGAAAUGGAACCCAUACAAUUGAAAACUGAGCACUAA